AUGGCUGCGAGCGUGAGUUCCUGGCUCGCGGCCGCGACGCCCACACCAACCCUCGCCUCCGUUGCUUCCAAAUGUGCGACGACGCUCUCCGUCGGUGCCGUCCUAUCCUUCGGCCCCGGCCACCCCUUGACCACGCUCACCCACGCUGCCAUUCUCGAGACCCCCUGCGCCGCUGGUCAGACGCCGACGUCCUCGUCAUUACCGUCCGUCCUGCUGGCCAACGCGGAGGGCAUCGAUGCCCUCGACACUGAAACGAGCGGCGGCUCGCCUCAAUUCUCCGACUUUCGCGACGCCUUUUACGAGUCGACCUUCCCCGUCUGCUACGUCCUCGCCGCCACGACUGUCACCGCCUACAUGCUCGUCAUCAUGCUCUUCGUCACCCCACGCUCCUUCCUCGACGGCGGCGUUGCAUAUCUCGGCCGCAGCGGUUUCACCGGCAGCUCGCCCAACGGCAUCAGCAUCGGUGGCCGCCCGCCAGAAUUUAUCGGCUGGGGCGAAUAUGUUCGUUGGGUAGGUGCCGCCGCAGCCAGCGUGGUUGUGUGGGAAUGGGUUGAGAGGAUAGAAGCCCUGGAGCGAGAAGAGAAGAAAGACGGCAUCCUAGGCCGCGAGGUUUUUGACGGCGACGAGAUGGUCGAGGCUUCCGCCUCAGACUUCCCCUGGCUACGGCGCAGGAGGAACCGGAAAAGCCAGGCCGGCGGAGGGGCAGGAAGCAGUGGUGCAGCUGGAAAUGGCGCCGGCGCUGGUGAUAGCGGCGGCGGCGGCGGCGGCGACGGAGGCCAAGGAACGUCGACGGCUGCGAGACUCAUGGCGUGGCCAGGUCUGACGUCGAUUCCUUCCAAAUACCAAGGCAACUUUCGCCAACAGCAGCAGCAACAGCAACAACAACAAUCGGCAGCACGUAGCGCCGACGCGACGCAGCAAGCUCGUGUAUCAGCCGUCGGCACGAUCCAACCACCACUGUGGCCAGCUCGCCCGCCUCCGGCCAUAACCCCCGUCAGCAGGGCCGACACGGCCAGCGCAGCAAGUACGGACUACGCUGUCAGGUACAAGCCCGCUUCAGACACAACAAAUCGUACGCCCGACACGCAUCUCCGACGAACACCGCCGGCAGCGGCAACGAUACCGGCAUCGGCACCAGUCCGGCCAUCUACUUCAUCGUCGACAAGCCGGAGCACACGCACCACCGAGUCAGACAGUGACGGGGUCGCAGUCGCAGCACCCGUGCCAAGGCAGGCGGCUGUUGCCAAGAACAUUGACCCGGAGGCUCAGCAAACCGACACGACGACGCAGGGCCGGAGUAGGUGGCGAGCCCUCACCACCGCGGCCAACCCGCUCUUCAACAGACAGGGACGUGAUCGUCCGCCAGCGGCCGUGGCACCGCACACGGCGGCAGCGGCCGGUGAGCAUCGGACACGGGAUCAGUACGCUGGCAGCGGCGGGCGAUGGGACUUGAGGGCGCGACUAGAAGACUUUGCGGCGACGCAGGCGGAGAAGGUGCGCGAGAAGAUGCAGCCGACACCCGAGACGGACAGCCUGCCGGUGACGGUCAUCCCGGCGCCGCCGCGGCAAGGAGCGGCACUGGCACGUCUCCUCGAGGAAGAAGGAAUAGACGACCGCCGGUCGCCGCUGGAGCGAAGCACGAGCGGCGGAUCGGGCUUUUCGUCGUUCCCUGGCAUCGGGGCAGGCGCUCUGCCGCACGCCCUGGACAGGACGACGAUCGACGUGUCACGACAGGCGCCACGAGGAAUGGGCGCCUCGGUCGACACGGCGUCGGUGAACGCGAACCCGAGCCGGCCGCCGCUGUGGCCGGGCGUGCGAGCACAACCGAGCUACGAGCGGACGGCGACGACGACGACUACGACAACGUACGAGUACGAAGACGCAUCGGACGUUCAGACACCAACGGAGCACAGCAGGCGGGAGACGGAGGGCUCGCGAGGGCCACCUGGUCCAUGA